AGGGCAAAUGUGGAAACUCAGAAAACAAAAUGAAUAAGCUGGAUUAGUAAACGCGAAUUCUCUUACCUCUUGUAUUUCAAACGCCGAAAAGCGUCACUACUGACUCUAUUGUCUUCCAACCAAACAAUUGAGAGAAAGCGAGUGAGGAGAGAGAAAAAUACAACAGUUGGUGAUGCACUAAUGCCAUUGCUUCCAUUUUCGAACUUCAUUCCCUUCUACAAUCGCCAUUGUUAACUCCCUUUUCUCUCUCCAACUCAAUCCAAAUCGUUGAACGAAAGCGAUCGGAAGUAGCUAAGAUGUUAGACGGAUUGCUCGGAAAAAGUGGAUUCUACUCCAAAUGUAAAUCGUUGAUUAAGCAGACGAGAACUCGAAUUGAAGUUGUGCGUCGGAAGCGAAAUGCGACGCAAAAGUUUCUGAGGAAAGACAUUGCUGAUCUAUUGGCUAAUGGCCUCGAGAAGAAUGCUUACGGAAGAGCAGAUGGAUUGAUUUCGGAGCUGAUUCUUUCUUCGUGCUAUGAGUUUAUUGAUCAUGUUUGUGAAAUUAUUUUGAAGCACCUUCCAGUUCUUCAAAAACUAAGGGAAUGCCCCGAGGACUGCAGGGAGGCUGUAGCUUCUGUAAUGUUUGCUGCUGCCAGGUUUUCGGAUUUACCCGAGCUUCGUGAACUCAGAGAUUUGUUCCAGGGACGAUAUGGAAGCUCUGUGGAGUACUAUGUAAACCAAAAGCUUGUGGAGAACAUAACUCCUAAACCACCGUCUAUGGAGAAAAACAUCAAAUUAUUGGAAGAAAUAGCAUCCGAAUUUACAUUAAGAUGGGACAGUAGAGGAUUCGAAGAGAGGAUGGCUAGUUCUUCCAUGACUGAGCAGAAGCACCAGCGAAUUCCUGAGACUCCCCAGGCUGCUCAGGUAAAAGUUUCAGCACCUUUAGCUAAAGAAGCUUUCCAUAGGACAGUCAAAGAUGAAGUUUUGCCGAAGAAAAAGAGUGAAGCUACUCCUAGUAGAGAACGACAAGUUGAUGACAGACAUCAAAUGGAAAGCAGGAGAGACUGUAUUCUUGAGAGAAAAGAUGAAUUAAAGUAUAAUGUUUCUAAAGCACCAGAACUCACCAAUCACAGAUACAAGCCGCCUUCUUAUAGGGAAGACAGUAUUCAGAAAAGAGAGGACCACGACAAUUAUCUUCAAGGAAAAGGACAGAAGGCUGAUAGACGUGUUUAUGAGGAUAACAGUGCUAAAGAAGCCAUUCAGGUUGGCAAUUCAUCUCAUGGGAAGCGAUUGGAGUCUGUUCAUAGCCAACACAAGCUGGAUAGACAUAGACAGGAUAACGUGUCAGAAAGCGAUGUCUGUAACACCUUGUCCCAACGAAAACCCGAUCAACGACCAGCCAGUAAUGGAAUAAGUUCCCCAUCUUCCAUGAGUGAUGUACCUGCUGAAAACAUUCAUGUAAAAUCCAUGAGAAAGAAGCAAGAAGAUGAAGUAGAUGGGUUAAAGUCUAAUUUCAGGGGUGGUGUUCCUCCUCCAUAUGUUAAACCAAGAAAGAGCAAGCACAAGGUUGAUGCAGAAGAGAAUGAUACUUUAACCUUUUAUCCAACAGGCAGGCCAGAAAAGCCCCCAACAAAACCUGAUUUUCCUGAUGCCCAUGAAAAUUUGGAUAGCAUAGGACGAGUCACGGAAGUUUACUACAAAGAUGAAGCUGGUGUUGAUUCCACUCCUAGACGAAGAUCACAUAGGAGAAAAUAUUCGCGAUCAACAUCUUCUCAAGAUGGUAAAGUGAAGGGUGAGGUAGGAAAGGAAGAAAGGGUUCUGCGGCGAGUUUCAACAAGCAGGAGGAAACACGAAUCAAGAAAAGGUCUCCAGAUAGUGUUUGAUGAUGACCAUUACCGGAAGGAUGAUGAGGAGAGUAUGAUUGAUCAGCUGUUGCUACAUUACAGCAAGAAACCAUCUUCCAGUGAUCCUGGAAAUCCGAGGAGAGAGACUAAGAACAGAACAAGGGAUGUGAGCAAAUCUCCCGUUCAUAAAGCCAAAGUUGGCACUUAUGUGGGUGAAGAGGAUUUAACACCGAGGAGAGGGACGUCUAGAUCAAUGUCAUUUCCUCCUCGCCAAGUGACCCAGCCCGAGCCACAGAAGGUGUUUGCUCGUGCGGCUUCCUUUCAGCAAGAGAUCCCUGCAAAACAUGUCCACCCAAAGCUCCCUGACUAUGAUGAUUUAGCUGCAAGAUUUGCUGCCCUUAGAGCAAGUCAAGACUGAAGGCUCCAAUUUUUGGUAACAGUCUCAAAUCAUUCCUUGACCCACUCGUACUGUACUACCUGUCUGUUGCAUUCACUAAAGCAUUCCUGCCACAAGCUAAUGUAGGACGUCUGUGUUGAAUAAUCAAGGUCGAAAAAGGUUAUGAGAAUCAACCCAACACGGUGCAUUUGGUUACCUGGGAAUUGCAAUAUCAUUGUAUAAUAUUCAAGAGUAACACAUUGUUGACCACACAACUAUUAUACUUACUUAAUAUCUUGCCUGUAAAAUUGAUGUUAUCAUUUGCAAUUUUGCAUGUUACUAGAUGCAAGAAAAAUAGAACUCGUUAACACGGAUAAAGAUUUAUGAUCAAUAUUUUUUGAGGCCA